CUAAACUGAAUCCAAGUCCGAGUCUCAGUUUCAGUUUCAGUUCACAUUUAGACGCUCAACGACGCCAGUCAAAAAUAGUGUAAAGCGCAAAUUAUCAAUAAAGAAAAAACCGAGUCUAUAUAGACUAUAUAUAUAUACGUAUAUAUCAAUUAAGACGAUCAUGACGUUCCACAGACUGCAAUGUCUCUUACUUUCCUUGACGCUCAUCGUCGGCUGUUGUCACGCAACAAGCUCAGCCGGUUCGGAUGCCGCCCGGGAUCGCAAUCUGCUGGCAGCGGAUCUCUACAAUGCGGUGGGUGCCGGGCGGCUCAAUGAGAAUAUUGUGAUCUCACCGGCGGCCAUACAGAGCUCCAUGGCAUUGGCCUUCUACGGUGCCAAGGGAACGACGGCUAUUGAGAUCAAGGAGGGCAUGAGAUUGGGCAUUGGCGAUGCUGAUCAGGUGGCCCAACGAAUUGGCAGCUUCCAAAAGUCGCUGACACGCGACAACAAUCUGCGAUUGGCCAACAACAUUUACAUUAACGAGAAUCUGGAGUUCAAGGGCGCCUUUCGCGAUGUGGCACAGCGUCAGUUCGACUCGAACAUUGACAAACUGGACUUUCAUCCGCCGUACAACAAGCGCACAGCCGAUGGCAUCAAUCGUGGCAUUGCCAUCAAGACAAAUGAUCAGAUCAAGGAUAUUUUAAAGCCAGAGCUGCUCAAUGAUCGCACCGAGGGCGUCAUUGUCAACGGCGUGACUUAUUCGGCCCCCUGGCAAAAGGCCUUCAAGCUGGACAAGACCCAGCGUCGUUCGUUCCGCACCGGCAAUGGCCAGUCCGUCCAGGUGGAGACUAUGUGGACACUGCAGAACUUCAACUAUGCUGAGGUGCGCAGUCUGGAUGCCAAGGUCGUGGAGUUGCCAUACCAGAACUCUGAGUUCUCCAUGCUUCUGCUGUUGCCCAAUCGCAAGGACGGACUUCGUGCCUUGCAACAGAGUCUCGUUGGCAAGAAUCUGCUAAGCGAACUGGGCGAGAUGAGCCAACAGAAGGUCGAGGUACAACUGCCCAAGUUUAGUGUGACCUUCGGACUUGGCCUAGAGCAACCCUUUAAGCAGCUGGGCAUUUCGACCAUGUUCUCACGCGAUGGCGACUUUGGUAACAUGUACCGCAUGUUUGUCAGCCACUUCAUCAAUAGCGUCGAGCACAAGGCGCACGUUGAGGUCUCCGAAGCGGGCUUGGAGCAACCUCUUGAAUCGGGUGUUCUUAAGAGUCUGUUCUCGCGCUCCAAGAAAUUCGAGGCAGAUCAUCCGUUUGCCUUUGCCAUCAAAUACAAAGACUCCAUUGUUUUUAUGGGUCACAUUGCCAACUAUGCCUAUGUGUGAAAUAUGGAGAGUACCCCCCUUUUUCCCUCAACUUCGCUGGAUCAAUUUGAGGUGUAAAUUAAUCACACGAAUUGUUUGAUUUUGUUAAUGAAUGCAAAUUGGUUCAACACUCAAAUAAACAAUUGACAACUUUUUGCGCAAGUUCAAAUAAAUAUUAA